GAGGCAGGACAGCUCCCGGCCCCGGCCCGCCCUCCGUCUGCGGCUGCACCGAAGGGAAACCGAGCCGUGCCGGCGGUCGGGGUCCUCCGCGCCUCACUGUCCGGGAAACUUCGGAAGCUUGCCGGGGAGCGUCUGUCCUCUGCCCCGAGGGGCGCUCCGGUGGAGGGAAGCGUCCCCGUGCGCACCAGCUGGAUGGCGCGGACCCUGAGACCCGAUGACAUCAACCCCCGGACGGGGCUGGUGGUGGCUCUGGUCAGCGUCUUUCUGGUGUUCGGCUUCAUGUUCACCGUGUCUGGCAUCAAGGGAGAGACCUUGGGAGAUAUCCCGCUGCUGGCCAUCGGGCCGGCCAUCUGCCUGCCGGGUAUCGCCGCCAUUGCCCUCACCAGAAAGACCGACGGCUGCACCAAAUGUCCCGAGAACAUGCGUCCGUGCUGUAAGGAAGUCAAGGACCGGGAUGUCAUGGAGCUGCUAAGAACCCCCUCGGACCUGGAGUCUGGCAAGGGAAGUUGUGACGAGCUGGCCCGGAAAGCUUACCACAAGGACAGGAGAGGGCUGAGGGGAGAGGACACCGUGUUCAUCUGCACCACCAGCACCACCGCCGCUGCCACGGCAGAGUGCAAGAGCCUCACCAAAAAGGUGGAGCAGGAGGAGAUGCUGAAAUACCUGGAGAGCUGUUACCCAGAGAUGCCAGAGAAUGUGUUCGUGGGAGAUGGCUCCACAUACAGUGCCUUGGAGAAGAAGAGCUCUUCUCCCAGCAGGGACAGCACUCCUUGCCCUGACAUUGAAGACAACAUUUUUGUGGCUCCUAAAGACAGUAUCAUUGUCUGCUCUUACAAGGAUAGCAGCCCUUAUGACAGGUACUGUUGUUACAUAAACCCCACUGGAGUCAACUCAGACCAGGAGACCAUUGUGUGAAUGAUGCAUACUUUAUAUAUAUAUAUAUGUAUACGAAAACUGCAACUUCAACUUCUUGAUAGGGGAUAAUAUAGCUGACUGCAUGGGACAAUCCCGAUACUAUUUCAAUUUAACAUGUUAUAUGACUGAUACUCAAACCUCUUGUGCCUGAAGUACACUUUCUAUAACAUUCCCAGAUCAGAGAGCACCUUGGACUUUAUUUUCAUUCAGCUCAUGUGGACGCCAGAACUUGUGGUACCCGUGCUGAUCAAGUACCUGAGCAAGCAGGAAUAAUCACUUUGCUUUUCAGAGGCAGCUUCUAGUCAGAAUUUGGCUUCAGGAUACCACAUCUUGGGGAGUGAUUCUAAACUGUGACCAGAGAUGAGAGCUUCUUUCUGUUCUUGCUAUAAAAAACUGCCAGAUCAAAGUCCCACUUCUCUCCUCAAUGCUCUCUUCGAAAUAACACAUGAAGUUGUAGGGGAACUCUGUUUGGGGGAUAAAACUCUUAGGGGAUAAAUGCCUUGUGAACCACAUAUUGCUUGGUCCUAAAGUAUGGAUGACAUGGUGUAUAAAACAUUUAAAGGAAAACAGUAAUCUGGACACUCAGAGAAGUUUCCUAAGAUAUAUAAACUUUAUUUUUGGAAUAGCAUUUAUCGUAGUGCUACAGUGUAGUAUAACUUCUUUUAAGAGACAAUAUGAUAUGCAGAUCAACAAAAGGCAAUUUUGUGUAGCUUUGUUUAAACUUCUGUUGUCACAAGUAGUAUUUUUCCAGUUGUACAAGCUGAUCACUGUAAAGUCUUUAACAGACAAUUUGAAGUUUUAAUCAGCAUGCACUUUGUCCUCCUGAGUGCAAAAUAAUAGCUGCUCCUUUUGGCCUGGAACUGAACAAGCGAGAGGUGAGUGUGCUUAGAGUAUGUGUCCCUCAGGACUGGUAUUGUAUUCUUGAUCUGCGUUCUGCAAAAAUGUCAUACGCUUGCAGAGGCAGUUCCUCCCCCUCUGAUCCAAACUCUCUGCAGUUGUGCCUCCAGUAACUAUUUAUUAUGCUGUAAUUACUGGAGUAACAGCUAUUGUGACCCCCUCUCACCAUUUCUGCUGCUAUAGACCAGACUUGGCAGACUGAGCUCCUGCUUUUGGCCAGGGUGGUAGAAUUUGACCCUACAUCAUCCAUCCAAUCUAAGCUGUUAUGUUGAGACAUUCAAUUAUAUUGUCAGUUCUUGCAGCACAAGCUUGGAAUUUUGUGAUGGGUUAGAGGUGGGUGACUGUCGGGCCACCGAGCAUUUCCAACCUGAUUUUCAUGUGCAUGUAGAGACUAACCUAUUUACUUGCAGAGCACAAUCAGCACACGGGACCUUGACUCUCAGCAUGUUGCCAGUAAAGCCAUGGCAUAGGAAACUUUUGAGUCCUGAAAGGUUUCUAUCUAUGCUUCUAAUACCAAUUGUAUUAAAACUUGUGGAGGAGUUUCCUAAUAUGUAGGCUAGAGGUGUUCUCUUGACACACAGCAUGGGGCAUCAGCUGCAAAGCAGCUCAUGCUGAGCCCGUUUCCAUUCUGCAACCAGUCUGAACAUGCAACCCCUACUGGGAGAGCUGUCGGCGGGUGUGUUACUUCUCUGGUGGUAGGGGCUCUUUUAUGUCUGGAAAACACAGAGAGUGGAUUGAGAAGUCACUUUUCAUGCACCCUGGCAAGCUUUCAUUGGCAAGCAUUACCUUUAAUUUAGCAGUCCUAUCAGUGGUAGAAUUUCAGACCUUCUGUACCGUUACCAGAUAUGGAGAUGCAGUUUUCAUUAGUUUUUAAAUCUUUAUGUAUUUUGUGUUCAGAACAGUUGCAUGGAUUAGCCUUGUGUCAGAUACACAGAAGUGCUUAUGCUUAAUGUUUUUGCUUACAAAAUGUACCCUGAAUGGGUGUGUGUAUAUAUGCUGUACAUUUGUCUGCAAGGGCAGGAAACAGAAUGCACAAUCAUAGCAACAUAUGAAUUUAAGAUCUCCUCAGAGGUGUUUUUCCUACACCUUACCCAACUUUUCUGCCUCAAGCUUGUUGGUGCAAUUUAAAAUGUCUUCUGUUCUUUAGGAGAAAAAAACUUUUUCUAAGAACAACUCUGUUGUGGCUCUUUAAGAACACAUAGUUCUUCCAACAGAGUUAAGACAUGCCAGGUCUGUGUUUCAGUAUGGCCACCGGGAAAUCCUGGUAAUUGAAAUCAGAAUUUUUCCAGUGCUUUGCAUUCAGCAUUUCCUCAAACCAUUCACAAAAGCCCUGAACCUUUAGUCAAUUCUGAAAGAUUCAGUUCUAGCAUUUUUUUCAACCUGAAGUGUCCUUUUCACUCUUUAGGGAGUGAAAAAAGGGUUAACCCCUUUGAAAAUCUGGCUCUGUACUCACAUAUUCUAGUAAGAGUAGAACAGAAGAGGUCUUCAUAAAAGCAAAAGAAACCAAAAAGGCAUCACACACACAAUUUCAUUACUUUGUCAGGUUAACUGUGUUAAAUUCUGGUCACAAAGGCAGUGUGUUUAGUGCUCUGUUCCAUGUGUGCAUUGUAUCUUAGGUAGCUUACCCAGAUGGCUCCUCAGGUAGAGACAGAGAGUGUUUUCCUGCCCGAAGGCAUGAUACAAGAACUACAGGAAAGAAAUUACCCUGUAGUAGGGAGCUGGUUUUAGAUCUCACCAAAACACUUAUUUUCCCACCAUUGUUUUUUAGUAUGAAAUGCAGCAGUAAUCAGCAAUUGUGCACAGUCAUGAACAUAAGGAUGCUCCCACAUUAGCUUCGUAUUUGGCGCUCACUGGUAGGAAAUGCUUGUUUUGUUGCUGUUGAAAUCCAGGGCAGAUUUCACGAAGGUGUAACACGAAGCAUUUCAUGUGGACCUUGAAGGUCAAACUUAGUGCUUUAUGAAAACUGUUGAAUCCAGUCUUUGGAAUUCAGUUCCAAAAAGGAUAGUAUAUGUGUUUAAGACAUAGUGCAGUGGAAAGGUGAUGUACAAAAAGAAGGUGGGGGAGGUUGUUUUGCUGUGUGAACCAGAGGACUGUGGUUACUGUGCUAUGGGACAUUAAAUAAUAUCAUGUAGACUCAUCGGUGUUCUUAGGAAGGUUUCAGUCAUUAGGAUUGCCACUCAAACAAAUUCUAAACACCCACUCUUUCACAUUUAAAACUCUGUUCGUUUUAUGUCUCUACAUCAGAAAGUGCAUUUAAAUUUAAACCAAAAUUUACACUGGGAGGAAAGGCAAUUUUCCCAUAUUUUAUUUGGAGAGAAUAUUUUAUUGCAAAGCAUUUUAUCUUUGAAUUCCAAUUUAGAAUUUUUAGAAAAAAGUACAAUGCAACGUUUUAUACUGAAGUAGGGAAGAAUUGGGAGAGGAAUUAGGAAGACGAAGUGCUCAUUAGCUGAAAAGCAGAUGGUACUCAGCUGGAGUAUAAUCAGAACAAUCUUGCAUAGCCUUGUCUUUUUACAGGUUUGAAAGGACAGCCCCAGAAAGACACUCUUAAAAAAACCAAAGAUUUCUACUUUUGAGGUCAAUUCAGAUGGAAGGGCUAUUAGUAAUUUUUAGGGGUCUGAGUGGGUGGAAGAGAUGUUCUACAAGCUGGGGAAAUAUCAUACUGAUCAGACAUAGAUCUUAAAGAGAUGCUGCAUCCUUUGACAGCACAGUCAGGCUUAACACUCAUUUUAUGCCCCUGCAUUGUUUGCAAAGGACACCUGAUUUCACUUCACUUUUAUUUAAAUAAAUUAAUUUAUUUCAUUUGACUAAUUAGCUGUACAAGGAAGCAGAUAACUUUUUUGUUUACAAAAAAAAAGGAGCCUUGGAACCAGAGACCCCCCCCCCCCCACACCAAUAACAAACUAAUUAAAAUAUGUUUGCUACCUAAUCUAGGGGAUAAAGAAUAAUUUUUUGGUGGCAAAACACAGUCUUUUUCCAAUGCCGAUGGUGUGAAUAAAAUCUAGGAAGUUUUACACUUGGAAAUACAUUAAUGAAUUUUUGGCUUUACUUGUUGUGAUUUUUUAAAAUAUUGUGAUUAUUCAGUCUGUUCCUCAAUAUUCAAGUUUAAACAAUAUAGUGAAGGUUUAUCAAUCUAAUAAAAGACUUUCAUAAGUCA